CUGAACUGAGUGUACAGGAAACAGCAUGUUACUUCUUGAAUGGAUAUGGAAUGAUCCUGUGGCCAGGUGAGAACAGACAAUUUUCCAUAAGAAACGAAAUAAUGACAUACUUUUUAGGUACAUGUGCAUUGUUAUAAACGGUAGUCAAAACAGCUGUCUGCUGACAAAGUGACAUAUAUCGUUAUUGCAUCUUUCUAUUGGAAUAUUAACACUAUGUGCACGUGUGAUGUGGUAUUACAUAGUAUGUGCAGUGUACUGGAACAAUUAUAACUGCUUAAAGGACCACUAUAGGCACCCAGACCACUUCAGCUUAAGGACACAGGACAUGUGUGACAUGUCAUGAUUCCCUUUUAUUCCAGAAGUUUGCCAGGUCCAGCUAGGUUUAACCCUUUUUUAUAUAAACAUAGCAGUUUCAGAGAAUGCAUGCGCAUUCAGCCGAGGAGGAGGAGGAGAGCUCCCCACCCCAGCGCUGGAGAAAGCGGUAGGUUUAACCCCUUCCACCCCCUAGAGCCCGGCGGGAGGGGGACCCUGAGGGUGGAGGCACCCUCAGGGCACUAUAGUGCCAGGAAAACGAGUAUGUUUUCCUGGCACUAUAGUGGUCCUUUAAUUAAGUGGUCUGGGUGCCAGGUCCAUCUGGGUUAACCCUGCCUGAUGUAAACUUAGCAGUUUCAGAGAAACUGCUAUGUUUACAUAUGGGUUAAUCCAGCCUCUAGUGGCUGUCUCAUUGACAGCCGCUAGAGGCGCUUCCGCGCUUCUCACUGGGAUUUUCACAGUGAGAAGACGCCAGCGUCCAUAGGAAAGCAUUGGGAAUGCUUUCCUGUGGACUGACUAAAUGCACGCGCGGCUCUUGACGCGCAUGCGCAUUUGGCGGUAGAGGGAGGAGAGUCCCCAGCGCCGAGGGAGCCCGGCGCUGGAGAAAGGUUUAACCCCUUCCUUCCCCUAGAGCCUGGCAGAAGGGGAGCCAUGAGGGUGGGGGGGGGACCUAUUAACACUAUAGUGCCAGGAAAACAAGUUUGUUUUCCUGGCACUAUAGUGGUCCUUUAAAAUAAUUUUUGCUGUCUCAUAGGCUUCUUUCAUUACAAAAGUUUGUGGGAAAGUAGGUAAUAUUUUCAGUUACUCUUUCUUACCUUAUUCUAAACAGUAAUGUAUGACACUAAGCAGAGUUGGAUUAAAGGAACACUAUAGGUACCCAGUCCACUCAUCUCAUUGAAGUGGUAUGGGUGCAGUUCCCCUGUCCCCUUAACCUAGCAAAGUAAAAUGUUGCAGUUUCUGAGAAACUGUAUGCCUUCUGGCUCUCUGAGAAAGUUGCGGAGCCUGCAAUCCGACUCCCUCAGAAAGUGCUGAACUGGAGAAGGACUGCUCGUUGACCACAGACCACCAGGCAGGGCCGGACUGGCCCACCGGGAUACUGGGAAAUUUCCUGGUGGGCCGUCAGCACCUGGGGCCGGACAGACAGCUGGCUGUUCUGGCGGCCGCAGGGGGAGCUGGCUGUUCUGGCGGCCGCAGGGGGAGCUGGCUGUUCUUGCUCUGCUUCCCCGCCCCUGCGUGCUACUUAAUAAGAUGACGUAAUAAUAUGACGUCAUAUCCCGGCCCUGGUCUCAUUUGGCUGCGGGCUGGGGAGCAGAGCCAGAACAGCCAGCUCCCCCUGCGGACACCAGCACACCUAACCCAGCUGUCUGCCCUGUGUGACUGUGUCAUGGUGUGUGUGUGUCUCGGUCUGUCUGUGUCAUGGUGGGUGUGUCUUUCAUGGGGUCUGUGUGUAUUUAGAAGUAUUGUUUUUAAACACCUUUUUUUUUUUUUUCAGGGCUGCUUUGUAUCCCCAGUCCGGCCCUGCCACUAAGGAGUAUUUUAUAAAGGGCCGUUUAAUCUCUCUGCCGGCCUGAGGUGGGGCUUGAUCAGAGCUGGGCUUCCAGGCUCAGACAGGGGAUUACCAGGUCCCUUUCUGCUCCCAGGCCCUAGGUGGCUGCCUUGGCCACCUAACAGGUAAUCUAGCUCUGACACUGUACCACGCAUUUUACUGUUCAGUAAUUUCUUAUUUUACAGUGUUUAGUAGAUACAUUGAAGCAGUCAUUUGCAGCUGUAUUGCCUCUUAAUUAUUUUAUAUAAUGACAUGUAGGUUUUUAAAGUAACACUCUGAGUAUUAUAGGCAACCUAUGUUUUUCUUUUUUUUGUUUGUUUGUUUUUUCAUAUUUUCAAAAAUAGUGGCCACUACAUACCUAGUUUCCAUAUUUAUGAGGGACAGUCUUUAUUUUGGGCCAAAUCUCUUUGCCUCUCUUUUCCAUCCUAAUUUCACUGUUUUAUAGGAGAUCAGUUGGUGUGUCUGGAUUUAUACCAGAGCCCCACAGCAAUAAUAAUCAUAGUAAUAUAUAUUUUUAAACUACAAUAAAUGUUUUUUAGAAAUCAGUAAGUGCAAAUAAAAAAAAAAAUACAUUGUUCUUGUUCUAAUUUACAUUUGAAGUGCAUACAAUUUAUCAGUAAUCAUCUAAAGGGUUUCAGAAUAGAACCCCUCCUAGGCCACACAUCCACCUACAUCCCUUAGUGUCUCCCUUAAGUGUCUCAUUGCCCAUUUGAAAUGCUGGUCAUUAUGCAUCACCCUUAAAUAAACACCACAAUCAACAUAACAACAACAGCAUGCGUUAGAUAUAUGGUAGAUAUUCCCCCCCAAUAAAAACAUGCAUGUAUUUUCUUCAUUUUUCUCUUUGCGGGUAUAUAUAUGUAUAUGUAUGUGUGUGUGUAUGUAUGUAUGUAUGUAUAUAUAUAUAUAUAUAUAUAUAUAUAUAUAUAUAUAUAUAAACAGUUUGAUAAAGUUGCAAAUCUCUUGUCUACAGCAUUUAGAAGCCCAUCCAUUCUAAUCCAGCCUAGGACUCUGUGGAGACAGAGUUCCCAUUGCAGCUCAUUUACAAUUGCUCUGGGCAAUUGCCUGCCUCUGGAGUUUAGCUCCUAUGAGCUAAGCAACCAGGAAGUAACAUGACCGGUUGUCUGAUUGACAUAUUACAAUGUUAAUUUAUAAAUGUGCCAAUUCCUAUUGAAAUCUGAACUUUUUGUAAAAUGAAAUAACAGGACACACUGUGCACAUAAAGCACUUCAGCAAGUCCCUAAAAAAGAGACACUGACACUUGAGGACGUUCUGGAUAUAUCUGCAUUUUAUGUCUUGAACUGUACUGUGGGUGAGGCUGGCUUCUGUGUACCUUGUGAUUUCUGGUUGAAUGUAAUGCAGAAACAACAGAAAUUAAAACAUAGAGUGAGUGGUUUAUGUUGUUAAAGGACACCCCCGCCCGCCAGGCUGAAAUGGGAGGAAGGGGUUAAUAUCUUACCUUUCUCCAGCGCCGGGCUCCCUUGGUGCUGGGGACUGUCCUCCUCCUUCCGACAUCAUAGGCUGAAUGCGCACGCGUGUGCGCAUUCAGUCAGUCCAUAGGCAGUGGCUGAGUGACAGGCAACAGAGGGUUGUAGUUAAUGGAAUAUAUUUGAAGCUUGGACUUGUCACCAGUGGGGUACCUCAGGGAUCUGUACUUGGACCCAUUCUCUGUAAUAUUUUUAUUAGUGAUAUUGCAGAAGGUCUUGAUGGUAAGGUAUGUCUUUUUGCUGAUGAUACUAAGAUAUGUAACAGGGUUGAUGUUCCAGGAGGGAUAAGCCAAAUGGCAAAUGAUUUAGGUAAACUGGAAAAAUGGUCAGAAUUGUGGCAACUGACAUUUAAUGUGGAUAAGUGCAAGAUAAUGCAUCUUGGACGUAAAAACCCAAGGGCAGAGUACAGAAUAUUUUGAUAGAGUCCUACCUCAACAUAUGAGGAAAGGGAUUUAGGGGUGAUUAUUUCUGAUGACUUAAAGGUAGGCAGACAAUAUAAUAGAGCAGCAGGAAAUGCUAGCAGAAUGCUUAGUUGUAUAGGGAGAGGUAUUAGCAGUAGAAAGAGGGAAGUGCUCAUGCCAUUGUACAGAACACUGGUGAGACCUCACUUGGAAUAUUGUACACAGUACUGGAGACCAUAUCUUCAGAAGGAUAUUGAUACCUUAGAGAGGGUUCAGAGAAGGGCUACUAAACUGGUUCAUGGAUUGCGGGAUAAAACUUACCAGGAAAGGUUAAAAGGAUCUUAACAUGUAUAGCUUGGAGGAAAGACGAGACAGGGGGGAUAUGAUAGAAACAUUUAAAUAUAUAAAGGGAAUCAACACAGUAAAGGAGGAGACUAUAUCUAAAAGAAGAAAAACUACCACAACAAGAGGACAUAGUCUUAAAUUAGAGGGACAAAGGUUUAAAAAUAAUAUCAGGAAGUAUUGCUUUACUGAGAGGGUAGUGGAUGCAUGGAAUAGCCUUCCAGCUGAAGUGGUAGAGGUUAACACAGUAAAAGGAGUUUAAGCAUGCGUGGGAUAGGCAUAAGGCUAUCCUAACUAUAAGAUAAGACUAGGGACUAAUGAAAGUAUUUAGAAAAUUGGGCAGACUAGAUGGGCCGAAUGGUUCUUAUCUGCCGUCACAUUCUAUGUUUCUAUGUUUAAAGCAUUUCUCAAUGCUUUCCUAUGGACGUCCAGCGUCUUCUCACUGUAAUUUUCACAGUGAGAAGCGCGGAAGCGCCUCUAGCGGCUCUCAAUGAGACAGCCACUAGAGGCUGGAUUAACCCUAAUGUAAACAUAGCAGUUUCUCUGAAACUGCUAUGUUUACAGCAGGCAGGGUUAACCCUAGAUGGACCUGGCACUCAGACCACUUCAUUGAGCUGAAGUGGUCUGGGUGCCUAUAGUUGUCCUUUAACCAGUAUUAUAAUACAGGCAGUCAACAAAUCAAUCAUAUAUAAUCUGAACAAUUUCACAUUUUAGUAAAUCACCCUGUCAAUUCAGUGUUUUGUCUUGAUUUUUUUUUUGAUUUUUUUUUAAUACUCUUAUUCUCUAUGAUUACAGAUUUCUCUCUGCAUUUACUUAUCUGCCUUCAAGCUCUUUGUUGAAUGGAUGCCACAUUAACAUCUGGAUGCCAGUGGAAAACACAAAAAAAUAAAUUGUGAAGAAUUCCAGUCCGAUUGAAUUUUGCGAUGAAGUGUCUCUGAAGAGAUCAUUUGGUAGCUUUUCAACAUAUUCUGAUUUUGGUUUAUCUUUUCUUUUUCCACCUCUCAGCUGAAAUAUUUGCCAUUCUGUGUUAGAGGCCAUGUAUGUCAAUCCCAUGAUGUUGUGUAGACUUCUACCAAGUGUUAGCCACUCCUGGGUGCAUCGAAGGUGGCUGAGAAAAUUUGACAUGACCCCAAGUAUGCUGGCUUUACACUGGCAGAAAGUAUUCGAAGCUCACAAGAUCCCAGAGGCACGCGAAUCCAGUGAGAUUCUCAUUUCACAUGCGUUGGGAGCCAAGACAGUAAGUGGAGAGUUGUUCUGAUAGACUAAAUAAUGCAGAGUGUGAUAAUUCUAGUUCAACAAACAAAGUCCCUUUAUUUAUUUAUUAAAAUAUUUUGCCAGAAAGGAUACAUUAAGAUUUCUCUUGUUUUCAAGUAUGUCCUUGGCUGACACACAUUUUAUUUUACAACUGGGUACAGUAUAAUAUUAAAAAUACAAAGUUAUAUUAAAAUACACAUAUACAUUUAACACAGAACAAGUAAGAAAUAAAAUCAACCAUGAUUACAGGUGUAUUGCGAUAUGUUGACAGGGAUCUCUUAAAGAAUUUUAGUGUGGCGGAAGAUUUAAUUAUGUCCGGGAAGUCUUUCCUUAAUUGCGGUGCUUUGUAUGAAACUGAGAAUUGAGCUACUUUCUUUUCGUAAUCCGGUAUACUAAAUAAAGUGCUAGUACUGCAGGGUACUCCCAGGGUUUUGUUGGCCCAUUCAGCCCCUGAGGUGUACAAAAGUAAAUAUUAGACGGAGUAUCUUACAUACACACAUGGGAACAAGUCUUAGGUAAAACUCCUACAAUAAAACAUAAAAGACAUAAACAUAAUAGUGCAAUAUCGUUAGAACUUAUAGUUAAAGUGCCAAAUAUGCGAUAAGUUUACACUCACAAGUAAGGAGCCAAUAAAUAUUAGGUUCAGAUAUUCAGCUACUCCGUCUAAUAUUUACUUGUGCUUUGUACUACUGGUGAAGGUUAAGGGGACCCCACCUAGACGUUAGAGUACUUUGCAUUGGCACCAAGCACCCACUUAAUACCUGCACUUUUAUCUUUACAAGCCCCUAAGCCAGCCAGCUGAUGUAGAGCGUGGACGUGCGGUCGGUUAUCCUGCUUAGGGAGAGCGUGGGUUGUGUAGGCUCCUGGAGGAUUGAGGCAGACGGGCAGGUGCACGAGGGUGCUGUAACCUCCCCGCUCUGCUCCCUUGCGCGUCCUCCAGUGAUGCCGGGAGCCAGAAUGUGAUGUAAUUUUGGCCCCGGCAUCACUAGACAAUGCUCUAUGGAGCAGAGCAGGGAGAUGACUGAAGCCCCACUGGACCCCAAGGAAAGCCGAAAUGCUCCAGACAGGGACACUGGGUGGUCACCUUAAUGUGUGUUAUUAAUGCAGUGUCAGUCAGUGAGUGUGUGUUAGUGUGUGUUUAGGUGACUGGUCCCCCUCCAAUCACAUGGGUAAGGGCUUUUUACUCACCUUUUUCCCCCCACACUGUGCUGGUCUCGCCGCAGCUGGCUCUGCCUCCCUGACUGCGAUCCCAUAGGAAAGCAUUGGGAGACUAUUGCGCAUGUGUGGCCAAAUGCCAUGCUGCGGCCAAUCAGAAUCUCCUCAUAGAGAUUAAUUGAAUCAAUGCAUCUCAAUGGGGAACAUUCAGUGCCUCCAUGCACAGCGUGCACUCUGGAUGCCGUCUGAGUGACUGUUACUAGAAGUGUUACUAGGCAACGCUGUAAAUACUGCCUUUCCUCUGGAGGUACUGUUCCAAAGACCAUUGUAACAGUUUUGUCAAUGUUUAGAAAAAGUUUUUAUUCUCUGCAAUCCUCUUUUUUACUUCUGCAAACUGGACUUGGAGCACAGCCUCGAGCUCUGGUAAAUAUGUUUUGCUAGCAUUGUCUGCGUACAAGUGUACUUAGGAGGCUUUGGAGACACUAGACAGAUCAUUAUUGAAUAAUGUGAAUAGUAGGGGACCAAGUACAGAGCUUUGGGAAACACCACACGUAACUGGGGGAGGAAGGGAGACACUGUUAGAAAUGGACAUGUAUUGCGCUCGAUCCAAUACAUAUAACUAAAACCAGGUUAGCAGAGGCUCACCAAUAGCUGUCUUUUUAAGUUUUUGCAAUAGAACACCAUGGUCUACCAUGUCAAAGGCCUUGGCAAAAUAAAGGAAAAUAGCUCCAAUUAAGUCUCCUUGUUCCAUGCCAGUUUGGAUGUCGUUGUAGUUAAAUGAUUUGGACAAAAGCCUGAUUGCUCAGGGGUUAGAUAUUUCGAUUUUUGAUAAUACUCACAUAGUUGCAUGUGAACUAAUUUUCCCAAGAUUUUUGACAAUUCAGGGAGCAAUGAUAAUGGAAUAUAGUUAGAUACCAAAGUAUCGUCACCACUCUUAUGGAUAGGUACUUAGUAUUCUAUCUUUGGUCAGUUUCAGCAUUUUUACAAGGAAAGCCAUUAUAAACAACUAUUCAGUGAUCUGUUCACUAACAGAACUUUAAAAAAGCCAAUACAAGGAACUCUCUUUUGGCCUGUUCAUUUACAGGACUAGUGGUCAUCCACAGAGAUUUCACUUUCUCUUUAGUGUCAAACGGUUAUUUUCUUCUCUGCUUGUUGCAAAAUGUGUUAAAUGUAGAAAAUUGUGCAAAGCACCCUGAAGUUUCAUCCCUGUAUAUAAUAAAUUACAGAAACACACUCACAAGAACAAUUAUGGAAAUGAGUAAUAGAAAACAUCUGGAGUAUAAACUUAAAAGGUUACUACAAACACCAAGACCACUUCACUGAUUCGAAGUGGUCAUGGUUCUUGGAAUCUGUAUAGCUUUUCACUAUGAAACACAGCACUAACAAAGAUAUUUAAAGGACCACUAUAGAGCCAGGAAAACAAACUUGUUUUCCUGGCACUAUUUAGUCCUUAGGUCCCUCCCACCCUCAUGGCCCCCCUCCCGCUGGGCUGAAGGGGUUAAAACCCCUUUAGCCACCUACCCUUCUCCAGCGCCGGGCUCCCUCGGCGCUGGGGAACUCUCCAUCCCCUGCCGACGUCUGCGCAGAAUGUGCAUGCGCGCGCUUUCAAACCGCCCAUAGGAAAGCAUUACUCAAUGCUUUCCUAUGGACAUCAGCGUCUUCUCACUGUGAGGGUUAAAACUAGAGGGACCUGGCACUUCAUUGAGCUGAAGUGGUCUGGGUGCCUAUAGUGGUCCUUUAACGAUGCUGCCUUAAGUAUAACUUCACCUCUGUUAGCAUCAUUACUAUGUCAUUUUGGCUAAUGGCAAUGUGUACAAAUUCUAUGUACAGAGUGUCACACAGCUUAAAUGGACAUACAUAUUUUUCCAUGUAUGUUUUUAUGAUUUUUUUUUUCUCUAUCAAAUGGAGGAAAAAAAAGAUAUACACAUACAUAAGAAAAAAAAUAGCUUCAAAGUGUUUUCAUUAAUAAGACCCAUUUUAAGGACACAGAGUGCACGCUGUGUCAGUGUUGCAAACUUUUUUUUUUUUUCUCUUCUUGCUAUACCCCAUGUUUCCAUCAUGUCUUGAAUAACCCAUUUAUAUGGGUAUUUCUAGGCUCUGUGAAUUUAUUUUCUAGGUUAUGUAUAAGCAAACAUGAAAAAAAACACAACACAUUGGGGUCAUUAGGAUCUAAACCUGGAUUAUGGGGAAGUGGUGUGAAAGGUUCAGUCAGAUCAAUCAAUCAGCACUGCAAAUACUAAUGAAAGUGGUGCACAUUCCAGAAUAAAUAAAAGGCUGUUUUUAUUUCCAGGUAUCCAGUAUUUAGUGUAAUUGGGCAAAUAUAAAAUAACAAAGGUCCUCUUUUGAAGAAAGCACAAACUGAAACAUUGAGGAAAUGAUUUGGGUCACAUGGUUGACCUGUGCUCAUGGUGUACUAUGUACUCUAACUAUUAUGGUAUUUGUAUAUUUGAUUACUAUUUUUUGGUAUACUACUGGGCAAAAGAUUGCAUUUAUUCCAUUAUGUGUAUAGUUUUCAUAAAUAGUGAAUAAAUGAUUUGUAUAAAAUGACAGCUUAAGUCCCAUCUCUUGUGACAUUGACCAACACACACACUAUUACUGAUAAGCCUGGGAAUGCUGGGUACGAGGGCAUCAUAUUUAUGUUGCUUUAUUUGUCUCUUGCAGUUUCACCAUAUUCCUCCUUCUGUGUCACGGUGUCCUGUCUCUGCCGAUCAACUGGAACAUGUAGAGAGCAUGGGACAACAGCGUUUGCAAAGGUGACCACUUGACCGCGCAUUCCAUGUACUGAGAUAUGGCACGCUGACAGAUAUACUUGGCAACACAUUACUGCAGACUCUGGCAGGCAUCCCUUAGGAUCAUACAAUAACAGGAAAACAAACAACGGUCUUCCUGCAGCUUAAUGUAGCAACAGAACCACAAGCAUUCCUAUUACUAUAUGACUCUGUUUACACAAGAUUUUGUGUUUUGUUUUUUUUCAUUUAUUAAGUGACACUCCAGGGUUAACUGAGCAUCAUUUGUAUUUCAGCAUAGAGGUAAUACAUUUAAAACAAAUAAGGAAUUAAAAUAAAAAAAUAAAGUUUGUGAAUGUCAAUUCUUUCCAAUUUUUCCCAAGAAUCUGAAACUUAUCGAGUAAUUGUCUCGUCUCCUGCUCCUUGGAGAACUAAGUGCGUGAUUCAUUUUGACGUUAAGCACAUACAAGCAUUAAUUUCUCAUUUGAAGCAAGACAAUUACGACAAUAUUUAAAAAUGUUAUUAACUAAAGUGAGAAUUAUCAGGUUUUCAAAUGUAAGCCCAAAAUAGCUUGACUGGAACAUUUGCCAAGUUACAAUGUGAAUGUUGCUUGUGCAAGUAAAUGGAAGCUUGGAAUGGUUUCUAUUUUUUUUGUAUGGUCAUUUUUUAUUUAUUUUUUUCAUCAAGAAAUAACUGCCUUAAAAUCAAUGACUGGGGUUUCUGCAAGCUUUAUGUUUCAUCUCCAGACAAUGAACUAGCGCACUAUAUUUUGUUUCAUAAACAACCUGCCUGAAGUGUCCCUUUAAAAUAAUUUGUGCAGAUUUAUUCUGCAUCUGUGCCAAAAUAUCCCCACCCUUUGAAGAAAGAGUAACUAUUUCCAUAUUCUAUUUUACAAGUUGUUGUUUUUUCAUGAAAUAGAAAUAGAAAUAAAAAAUAAAACAAUAGCAAAUAUGUAGAGGUAGAUAUGUAAAUAAGGGAGACACAGUAUCCAUAGUCUAUGGUCUGCUUCUGGUUCAAAAAGCCGCAGGACCUUUAAAGGUGCCGCAUUUCUUUUUGUCUGUGGUUUGGUUAUUCUCCAACUAUAUUGAAAAAAAAUAAACAAAUGUGGCAUCAUACUGUGUUUGUAUGUAGUUCACACAAGUAUAGAUAAAUAUACACUUAGGUGUUCUGGAGACUGCAAUCUGACUCCCUCUUGUCACGGUACCUGAUCGGCACCUAAGUGUGACCGCACCAGAUCAGUACGGUCACACCACAUCACAGUACCUGAUCGGCACCGUGAUGUGACCGCAUCUGAUUGGUGCGGUCACACUAAACAAGGGAGAGGUUACUCACCUUACCUCCAGCGCCUCUCCCUCCAUGCAGCUCCUAAAAUAACGGCCGGGUCCAGCGUUAGGAAGGACGCUGGUCGCUGCAAGGUGGCGCUAAAUGCUAGUGCCGCCCACAAUGACUUCACUAGUGACAUGUGCGUGCGGCAUUGCGUUUUUGCUAUGCACACACGUUCUGGGGUCAUGGGACCCAAAUUAGCAAAUAGCAGGGUUUACUGGGUUAUUCAAUCCCAAACCUGCAGUUAUUCAAUGUGCUGUUGUUUUUUCCAUCCUGUGGGUUAUCCAAGAGCGCGUUCCUGAUACUGUUUAUUGGUUAUUGAUCUUGGCUUGACUUAACUUUCUGGUUUCCCUGACCCUUUGGCUUUGCUCUUACCAUAUUUGUUCCUUUCUGUAUUUCUGAUCUCGGCUCAUGACUGUUUUUUCUAUUACGUUAAAUCUGGCCAUUCUAAAGCCCGGUAAUACGUUGAUAUUGUUUAUUUGUUAUGUGUUUGACUUUAUUCUGCGUGUUGGGCCACUGGUUUGUCCUGACACCUAUCUGGUGUCAACACAAGGCUAGUACAGUGCUUGCAUUAAAUAUAUUUUUCCUCCUUCUUCUUAUCGGAGUACAUAGUAAUUAUGGUACUUUAAGCAAGCGUUCCACUUCCUUUCUAUUGUUUACAUGCAUCCUUUGUGCUGCAGUAUACGGUUUUAUUGAUUUAUUUAUAAGACAAGACAGUUUAGGAAAUAUAAUUGUUCUAAUAGGAAAUGUUACAAUAACUACAUUUUCUGCUUGUAGAAUACUGCCUCAGAAGUGCUGUUCUACAUAAACUUGAUUUAUCUUCCUACAGGGUGAUUAAAUUGAUUGCAUCAACAGGGGGCUUCUUAUAACACUUUGUAAAAUAUUUGUUCCUACCUAGGGUCCCAGUCCAGUAUAUUAUUAAGGAGUGGGAUUUUUUGGAUAUGACUUUACAGAUGAGGCCACCAGUAUUUAUCCCACGACCUGAGACAGAGGUAAGAUGGAUAAAGGUGCUAAAGCUUAUAAUGUUUGCUUUGUUGGUAAAAUGCAGUAACUAGAGCUGAGUUCUGUAGAAUGUGAUUCAAAAGAUUAAUUGUGCUCAACUCACUUUCAUGAUCCUUACCUUUUAUCCUUGGUUUGUAAUACUAGUCUGCAUAUACCCCCAAAAAAUAAAACUCAAUUGUAAUUGAAACAUUCAAAUAACGAGCAGACAAUUAGAAUACAGUAUUUAGAUUAUAAUAAUGUCACACACAUGAUCACAGCGCAGAACUUCACAUCAGAGAAUAAAUAACUGAAUAGCACAAAGACAAUUAAGCAAAGUAGAUGCCCGCAAAGCAAAUAAAAAAAUCUCAGCUGGUAAAGACACUGUUGCUAAAAUAUCAUGAAUUAGUUUAUUGGCAUUUUCUCCUACUCCUUUCAUUGCUUUAAGGAAUGCAAGAUGUAUUUCUAACGCUAUGGUGUCCCUGCCCGUUUAUAAUGCGCACACCGUGUGCAUGCACAGUGUCGCAUUCACAGCUUUUCAUAGAAAAUUUCAUUAACGGCUCAUGGUAAGAGCCACACAAGCACCUAGGGUCCAAACUGCUUCUAAAUGAGAAGCAUUGGAUUGGACUAAUAUUCUGUGAGUUGACUACGUCACAAGGAGUGGAGUUCCGCGAGAAGACGACUGACAUCACUAGAAUGACGUAAGUAGAUUUUUUUUUUUUUUUAAAGCUGUUGUUGUGCUGCUUGAAAAUAUAGUAGCCCCAAAGAAAUUAUUUUACAAUACUAACACAGGUCUCUGUUUAAAGGGACUCUCCAGUGCCAGGAAAACAAUCCGUUUUCCUGGCACUGCAGGUCCCCUCUCCCUCCCACCACCCAUCCCCGAUUGCUGAAGGGGUGAAAACCUGCGGUGGUUUCGGGUUUCCGCCACUCCUCCUCUUCAUUACGUCGGCCGGUGGGCGAGACUGAUCCCGUCCACUGGCCGGGGAGACCUAAUGCGCAUGUGCGGCAAUGCCGCACACGCGUAUUAGAGCUCCCCAUAGGAAAGCAUUGAAAAUGCUUUUCAAUGCUUUCCUAUGGGGAACUGAGCAACGGUGGAGGUCCUCACACAGCAUGAGGACGUCCAGCGACGCUUUAGCACAGGUUUUCUGUGCUAUAGAGCAGGAAGUGCCCUCUAGUGGCUGUCUAGGUGGAGUUAACCCUGCAAGGUAAUUAUUGCAGUUUAUAAAAACUGCAAUAAUUACAGUUGCAGGGUUAAGGGUAGUGGGAGUUGGCACCCAGACCACUCCAUUGGGCAGAAGUGGUCUGGGUGCCUGGAGUGUCCCUUUUAUAUAUUUGCAUAAGCUUUUAAAAUUAUUUAAUAUUUUUGGCUAAACUUUUAAAAUGAGUUUUUAAAAUAUAUAAAAACAUUCUAAAUAUAGCAACAUUAAAAUAUUCAUAAUAUUAAAUUAUUUUAAAGGUUUAUCCAAAAAUAUUAAAUAAUUUAAAAAUCUUAUCCAACAAUGUUAAGGGUUACUCCAACCACCAUGACCACUUCUUUUAUUUGAAGUGGUCAUGGUGGUAGGAGUAUGUAUGUGCAGUGCUUCUACUUGAAAUACCCCAUAUACAGAGAUAUUUUCAAUUGUGUGCUGGGGGCUAUUUGCACCUCCAGCACACAUGAUUUAGGCAGCCCAGAACUCCCAGAAUUUGAAAUGAAUUUAAAUUCUUUGCAUAAAUGACUUCGGUUGUCAGCGGGCACUGCACUCUGACUACAGACAUGAAAAUCUCCCCUCCCUCUCAUCUACAUUGUGCACCCUCCUGCCUCCAUCCUUGCACAUAAGAUGUUUUUUUUUGUUUGUUUUUUUUAUAAAGAAACACCUACCCACUCCCUCCUUCUGCCUCCCUCCCAUCCCAAUCCAGAGCGCGUGCAUGCACUCUGAGCUGGUGAAAUUAUCCAAUCACAGGCUUCUCUAUGAAAUGCCUGUGAUUGGACCACUCUCGACCCCAGUGGUGUCAGGAGGGGUAUGGAGGGGCCGUGGCAGGCAGUUAAUUUGAGAAUUUCUUGAAAUUAUCUGCUAGAGGACAUCAAAUUUUAAUCAUUUUCAGCCAUUUCGAAAAUAAGAUUCCACUAUUUUUUACUCAUUCCUUUGUGAAAUUACCGAUGAUGAAUCUCCCAAGAUUCAGUUAUAUGUCCAUGCAACAAAAACAAACUUGGCUACUAGCAAAUAAGUUAUUUACCUGUUAAAUCCUACACUGAAAUGUAGCCCACUCGGAAGUAACUGUUUAAAGGGUGUGACAGUACAGUGCUCCUUUAAGAAUUUGUCCAUUUCCUCACAACUCAAUAUUUGUAAGUCGACUGAUGGCUCAAAUCAGCCAUCAAUCAAGUUCCAGAGCAAAAAAGUAAAUUAGCGUUCUGCAUUGUAGCAAUACCUCCAUUUACACAUGAACAAUUUUAAAAAUGGCACAUUUUGGAUGAAGAUUAAAAAUAAGGGUUUUGAUCAAAUUUACAAAGAAUUUUUAUUACAACCACACUCUCGUAAAAAAAAAAUGAAAAAAUACACAUUAGACCUGCUUUAUGAUAUAUCUAUAACUUAGUGUGUCUGUAUUCAGGUUCAGUUUACUAAUUUAUUAAGAGUGGUAUGCUGAGCAAUGCAAUGCUAAGCAGACUGGUACCCACAUAUCUAAAAAGAGGUCUUAUGUAAUGUCUGUCCCAGGCUUUGAUUUCAGUAGUGUAAUGUGACAACAUGGGAGAAUCUAAAGGUCAAAUAACAUGUCACCUGUUCUUCUUCCACACAGACCAGAUAUCGAUCACGCACUUGUACACAUAUGCAUACCUUACAGCUCACACAUAAAUUAAAUGUUGCUGUUGCCAAACAUUCGUCUAGUACUCAUUUAUACUGCUUUAUAUGGACUGGUCCAGUAUCAUAUAUGUAGACUCAAAAAUACAAUUUUAUAUGCAGAUCUAUUAACCUUUGCAUUGUUUACUUUCAAAUUUCCCUCCUGGUUUCAGGAACUGGUGGGCCUAGUACUUGCUGACAGCCAGGGGCUGCUGUCUUCCACAGGACCCCGAAUUCUUGAAGUGGGGUGCGGUUCAGGGGCUGUAUCUUUGGCCUUACAACGGAGUCUGCCACAGGUGACGUGUGUUUGAGCAAUUUGAUUCAACAUGUAAACACCAGGAACUCAGUUAAAUCAAACAGUAUGUGCAGCAGUACCUGCAGAGUUUACUGUGAGAUUUAUCUUGUAAAAGCGAUAGAUCCCCAGCUGUUUUAUAAUCAUAACUCCAACUCCCAUGCCUUUCUGGCUUUAAGUAUUUUCAAGACAUCACGGAAGUUGCAGUCAAGCAGCUGUGGACCUACCUAUUGGCCAUCUCUGCACAGCUUAAUGAAUGCACUUCUAUAUGUUUUAAAUGUGAUUAUAAAUCCAGUUUUUUUCAUAUAAAGAUUGAAUGUUGCAGCAUUAUAUAUAUAUAUAUAUAAAAAUAUAUAUAUAUAUAUAUAUAUAUAUAUAUGGUAGGAAUGAGACAUUACAUAAUGUUUAAAAUUAGGAGAAAUUUCUAACAAGGAGUAGUAAGUUUAACACAUUUUAUAUGUUGCAAGAGUAAAUGAUCUUUAGUGUUCUUUGGGGGGGGGGGGGUCCCCUUUAUGUCUGAGAUUUGACAGGGAAUAUAUCUUGAAAUUAAAAGGAGAUCUUUGGAAUGUCUAGGAGGUAAGAGCAAUACAUGGGUAUGUAUGUGGGCAGAUAGGUGAUCUCUGCUUGGGAGGCGGGAGGCACUAAAUCUGUCUGUGAGGUUGGCAUGAUGCCCUUGGAAUGCAUCUUGCAUAGACAUCCAGUAUGAUUGAUCGAUUAAAAGACACUCCCUUGGUUUCUCUGGAGGGAAGGUAAUCUGUUAUUGAGAUAUGUGGAGGCCUCUCUUGUAUAUCUGGUUUAGAGAGGGUCACUCCGCUGUUUCUUUAAGUAAGCAAGUUCCCACUGCCUUAUGCUAUUGGUGGGUGAUCAUUUUCUCUCUGUGUAUUACAGGCUUGUGUUGUGGCAAUAGAUAAAACAGAAGAGGCUGUGAAUCUCACGCGGAAUAAUGCAGAAAGGUGAAUUGCUGGACAAUGAGAGCCUGGGUAGCUACUGGGAGCAGGUUUAACCCCUAUUAUUUAAUAUAGGGGACAUUUAUAUAUAGGGAAAGUGCGAAAAACGUCAGGGCUUGAUCACACUUUUUUUCAGGGUAGUCACCUGGCUGGUCUCUCCUAUUUCCGGCAGUCGCAGGUAGUACGACAAAUUGAUAUUUUUUUUGAAUAUUUGCUUUAUUUUUUUUAGUUUGUUUUUCUUUCUUGCUGGGAAUUUCAUGUUACUCCAGACCACAAUAUUGUUUUUGUGUGAUAUGCCUGCACUACCUUUAGCAUCAGUGAGGGCUGCUGUGACAGUGUGAUACCGUGGAUUUUUGAUAUGUAUACCUUUAAAUUAAUAAAUGUGCACUUUUUUCAUAUUCAUAUCUUUUCUGUGGAUUACUUGGGAUUAUCCAUGUGUGCGGACCAACGUUCAUCCAUUGUGAAACAUUUAUAUAUAGUAAUGCAUUGAGGGUCACAGCAUACACAAAAUUUGGAGAAUGCAUUUUUGGACAGCUUUUGAGAAUAUCUUUUCCGGUGAUACUUCCCAUGAUGCUUUUUACAGUCUUGGCUGGCUAAACACCUAGAACAUAUAGUCUGCAGACCGGAGAGAAAAGGUCAACCACUUCUAUCAUUAAGUAAUGACAGAGGGCAAUGGAACAUACUUCCCCUUGUUGUAUGUGUUUACUAUAUGAGUCUCACUUUUAGCAUACUGUAGCCAUUAUUCAGUCCUUAUUUUUCAUAUUUGGGAUUUUUAUUUUAUUUUAACAAUAUGUGUUUUGACAAAAGAUAGCAGCCAAUCACCUUUCAAAUUUUAUUUACUUUUAUUUUUACCCUGAAUCCUCUGGUAACAGCAAAAAUAGAUAUGGGGAAUCGUAUAUUAUUACCAAACGAUAUAUUUAAUAGAACAUGAAUGUCCUUAUUCUUUCGUACGUGUUGUACUAUACAAAACAGAAACAAACAGAUGUAAGUGUACAAUCAAAAAAUAUAGAAUAGAUUCAAUAUUUAUAGACCUGAAAAUACAUUGCAGUGUAGCACCUAGAGAAUUAAUCAGUCUGUCAAUAUGGCUUCAGUUUCCUUUUGUGGCUGCAAAACCUGAAGAUGGCAUAGUGACACUGGCAGACCGCCACAGGCUGUUUAUAUGGAUUAAUAGGAGGCAUUGGAGGAUAAAGUGACUGGAGGGGCCACAUGGGGAUUACAUUUAACUAAUAAACCAGUUCUACGGUGGGUGAUUUAUAUAUAGAUUUAUGGGAGGGAAUUCCAAUCAUUGGAUAUGUGGAAGAGCAAUGUGAUUACUAGGAGAAAGUGGUCAUGUCUUGAAGGAGGGAUAUUUUUGUAAAGGGAACAAAUAAAUGGUGACUAAAAACAUACCCAACAAUGGCCUUGAUUACAGCUGAUUACAUUUAUCAGUAGUUUAUCAACCCCCAAUAAGCCAUUUUAUGGUUGGGAUCAAUUACAUCACUGCUGAUAAAGUCUCAUCCGGAGCUGAUAAAUAUUGGUUUGAAUAUGAAAAUCCGUAGCCAUAAUUUACAUUGAAAAUAUCAGCUUCUGUGAUUCUGUUAGUUUGGGCACAUAAUCACUGAUUAAUGACUUUGUAAAAGUUAACACCUAAAAGUAGUUAAAAAAAUAAAUAAAAAUUAUAUAUAUAUAUAUAUAUAUAUAUAUAUAUAUAUAUAUAUAUAUAUAUAAUAUAAUACAAAUAAAAGCCUGUGCAGUGCAGGUCAAUGUGACUGGGGUCAUCGGGUGACUGUUGAAAUUUCAAUAACACAGGGUGCAAGUAAAUAAACGUAUUAUACAGGUGUUUAGAUUUAUUGGUGUCCUUCACUAUUAUUAGGGUGAGGGAAUUAGGCAGUAUUUCUUUUUUAACUAAGGUGUUUGGCUAUGGUCUUGGAUCCCUAUUCACCUAGAGGUUAGGCCGACCUAGGGGCGGGGCAAUAGGUCCCCUUUUUUAUUACAUUAUUCGUAGCCCUCCACCUGCUGCCAAUGGGAUGGGGCUGAGGACCAUUGUGUGAUCCCAACAUAAUUAUAUUAGAAGCCCCCACCCAUUGACCACAUUGGGAUGCAUCCCUUUUUUUAUGUAAUAGACCCUCCACCCACAGUGACGUGUCCAUUCCCCAUUUAUUAAUUUUCAGCCUCCACCCAAAAGGCAUAUUUAUCCGUAAUUGCUAGCUUUUGGACCUGUUUUAGCUGCUUGUAUUUCAGCUGAUAGGAAUUCUAGCCGAAAUGCAAUUUAUAAAAAUAAAUUUAAAAAGCGGCCAAAAACAAAUGAGAAUUAUCGACUGUGUUUUGCUGAUUUAAUUAAAUCAAAGCCAAUAUUAAAAAGCAAAAUAUGUCUUCUGUAAGUAUAUUUUGAACUCUCCUCAGAUAUGGACUCCAGAACAAAAUCCAAGUAUUGCAGCAUGAUAUCUUGUUCGGUAAGGAGCCUGUAUACAUUACACCCCUUUUCCAUGCUGUCCAUCUAACAUUUGGUUUUAUCUGUCGUUCAAAUUCUAUUUUGUUUGAACAGUGCGAUAUCUGCUUUUAUGUUCUGUUCCUUAUGAGCAACACCCUUUUAGCAUUAACUUCACCAAGUACUACGAGUUUGCAUUUUUCAUUGCAUUAAAAAAAAAAAAAUUACAAACUUUUAUUCUGCAUGUUUUUGUCUACUUCAGCCAUUAUACACACUCACCACUCUUUUUAUUUACUUUUAAACAGAUCCCCCAGAACGUCUGCUGACAUGGGGUCCAAUAGAUGUCAUAGUCAGCAACCCACCUUAUAUAUUCACUGCUGAUAUGUCAAUGCUGGAUCCAGAGAUCUCCAGGUAUUCACAUGACUGAUCUAUUAAAGCUAUAGCAUGGUCCUUGCUGUGUAAUACUGUUCAAUACGGCAGCUGUUUCUGAUAUAAAUACGUUGCACUAGGUACGAAGAUCACAAUGCAUUAGAUGGAGGACAUGAUGGAAUGGAUGUUAUUAAGGGGAUCCUGCAUCUUACAACAUGCCUCCUGAAACAUAAUGGGUGAGUAAAUAUGGUAAAGUCCAAAAUUUAUGUUCCAGAUACAAAGUUUCAUAAUAGUUCCUCUUUUCUCUCCUUUACAGGGAUGUGUUUCUCGAAGGAGAUCCCCGUCAUCCUCAUAUGAUUUCCCAGUGGCUGAAAACCACUCACAGUGUUCAGCUGAGGCUAAUCAGUAUUUUCCAAGACUUUUGUAAAAAGUAAAUGAUUAUUAAACUCUUUCCUAUUAUUUAUACUGCAGCUCCUGCUCAUCCCCCACACGCAGUGUACCCUCUUUUAUUCCGAUGUUUUACUCUAUGCAUGGACUUUCUGCUGUCUUACCCACCUCUGCUGUAUUUUUUGUUGCAGGCCAAGGUUUGUACACCUGCGUAAAAGUUGAAGCUGCAACCACAUCUUGUGACCUCUAAGACAAGGACCUUUCAUCACACAGGCCGUGCAGACAUGAACCUCUUUAUUAGAAACUGCUGGGGCUCCAGACAAAUAUGCACCUAAAGGAGUCUGGGGUGUAAUUCAACCCUGCAAUUGCCCAUCUUGAUUUCUUACUGCUCACUCUCCAUUCUUUUACCUCUUGCAGGAACUAUAAAUAAAACCUAAUACUAGGCUAUGUUUGCCUAGCUUUUCAGGUGGUGAGAGGACUCUUUCCUGGAAGUAAAAUGUGCAUUUACUGUCUUAUUGGUCUUGUGACAAUAUCCACAGAAAACUGACCAGCGACUUUAUAGUCUUGACUCUUGCUGGGGUGUUUGAUAUCAUGUCGGCUAUUACUACUGACAUUAACCCUGCCCACUUGGGACCUCUGAAUAUGAGAGGAAAGAGUGAGGUUUGUAUGUCUGUGAUUACUAACAAUGCGGGGGGAGUGUUAGUUUGCACUCAUGUCUGUCCGAUAUAUAUUUAUCCAGCGCUGAUAACAAUCAGUAAAUAAUUGUAUUUCCUCAGCAUUGGCAGGUUUCUAGCCCAUCUAGAACCCUAUUGCUAUGAUAUGACCUCAACAACGCAACAUGGUAUGUUCCUCGUAAAACCUAAAAAGUAACAAGUAUAUAUGAUGUAAUGCAUUUUAUAAUAUAACCUGUUUAUUUUGGUGAAUACAAAUGCUAUUUUGAUUAAGCAAGGCAGUGAAUUUCUUUGACGAGAAUAACUUUUACUAAUAAACAUAGAAGGAGCUGUUCUUCCCUUCCAUUUUCAUUCCUUAGCCCACCAUCUUCUUUCCUCUUACUGACUUAGUAGGAGCCUUGCCACAUUUUUUCUCUUGCUUAUAAGAGUACAUAAUGUGUUCUACAGAAGAGAGUACUGGGAUUUUUCACAGAUCUUCUAUCACAUAUUCACAGUUCCACAACCAUCAAACAGGAUGUAUUUUUCCUUUCAGACAUCACUAAUGAUGACCGAAAAGUAAAAAGUUAAAGGAAUAAUAUAGAAACCUUCAUCUCAUUGAAGUGGUCUGGGUGCAGUGUCCCUGUCCCCUUAACCCUGCAAUAUAAAACAUUGUAGUUUUAGACAAACUGCAAUGUUUACAUUGCAUUGUUAAGACUGCCUUUAGUGGCUGUCUACCAGACAGCCACUAGAGGUUCUUCCUGUAGUUUACCGGCAUUUGACUCCCUGAAACGAUGCUGGACAUCUUCACACUUUGCAUGAGGACAUCCAGCGUCAAGCAAAACCCCAUAGGAAAGCAUUGAGUCAAUGCUUUCCUAUGGAGAAAGGCAUAAGGUGUGCAUUCAGCGUUAGUUUCCCCCUUUGGCUGGCAUCAAUGGAGGAGGAGGACAUCGGCUCUGGAAUCAUGUAGGUGAAAGAAAGGGUUUUUUAAGCCUUUCACUGAAAAGGAGGAGGCCAGGGGGUCUGAGGGACAGUGCUGUUUUAAAGGGGUACUGUUAGAACCAUAACCUCUAGAGCCCGGUGUAGUGGUUGUGGUACUUGGAGGUUGCAGACACUGUCCUACACAAUGCUUUUUUCAAGAUCAUUUAUAGAAGGGGUCCAAGAACAGAACCCUGAGGGACACCACUUGCCCCCUCUGUCCAGCUUGAAAAUUUACCAUUAAUAACAACUCUUUGUACUCUAUUUUUAAGCCAAUGUUCUACCCAAGAACAAGCCUUUUCAUCUAGACCGAUUUCCUUCAGUUUGAACACUAAUCUAUUGUGUGGAACUUUAUCAAAUGCCUUGGCAAAAUCCAAAUAGAUUACAUCCACUGCAACACCCUGAUCUAUACUUCUACUUACUUCUUCGUAGAAUGCAAUCAAGUUAGUUUGACAAGACUUGUGCUUCAUAAAACCAUGCUGAUUUUUGCUGAUGUUGUUCUCAAGGAAUUCUUGAAUAUUAUCCCUUAAUAACCUUUUAAAUAUUUUCCCAGCCACAGAAGUUAAGCUCACAGGUCUAUAAUUUCCAGGCAAGGAUUUUGAACCCUUUUUGAAUAUAGGAACCACAUCUGCCUUCCUCCAAUCCUCCGGAACACUUCCUGAAAGAAAAGAAUCUUGAAAGAUUAAAAACAGAGGUUCACUUGUUUCUACACUUAGUUCCUUAAGUACUUGUGGAUGAAUACCAUCAGGCCUUGGAGCUUUGUUUAUAUUAACUUUAUUUAGUUGCUGCAGCAUCUUGUUUUCAAUUAACCAAUUACAAUUUUUCUGCAAGUUUUUAGCAGCAAUCAUUUGCACAUCUAAUGCCAUGGGUUCUUCCUUAAUAAAUAUGCAGGAGAAAUAGUUAUUUAAAAUUCCUGCAUUUUCCUGGUCUUCAUUAACUAACACCCCAUUUCAGUUUUUAGUGUACCUACACUUUAAUUUUUUUAAACAUUUUUUUAGAAUGUAUGUACUUAAAAAAAUGCUUUGGGGUUGGUUUUGCUCUCUUAGGCUAUCAUUUUUUCAUUUUGAAGUUUAGCGAAUCUAAUCACCUUUUUGCAUUAUUGACUUCCUUAUAUCUUUUAUAGGAUGCAUCUGACUUGUCCGAUUUAAAUGCUUCAAAUGCCCUUUUCUUAUUUUUAAUCUCUUGUUUUACUUCUCUACUAAGCCAUAUUGGUUUCAAUUUGUUUAUUUUAUAUUUAUUUCCCAAUGGUACAUACCUUUCUAAUAUUUGUUGGAAGAUUUUCCAUUUAUCCUCAGUGUUCUUUUCACUAAAGAGUUUAUUCCACUCAAUAUAUUGUAAAGCUGCCCUUAACUUAUAGAAAUUGGCCUUUUAAAAAUUAUAUGUCUUAGUAUACCCCAUGUGCUUUUGUUUUUUUUUUUUAGUUUAUUUCAAAGGACACUAUAUUGUGAUCACUAUUUCCCAAGUGCUCACCUACUUGAAUGUUGGUCAAAAGAUCAAGGUUGUUUGUUAGAACCAGGUCCAGACAAGCGUCCUCUCUAGUUGGUGCUUGUACAAGUUGUGACAUGAAGGUGUCAUUUAACAAGUUCAAAAACCUAAUUCCCUUUUCUGAGCUUCUAGUCCCUCUAUCCCAAUUUAUGUCCGGGUAAUUAAAAUCUCCAAUAAUUAAAGUGUUACCCAGAUUUGCAACUUUCUACAUUUGCUCAAACAGCUGUUGUUCCUCGUCAAUAUUAACAUUAGGUGGUUUAUAAAUAUCCCAACCGAUAGUUGAUUUCCCUUCUUUUGCUCCAAGCAGAUAUUUACCCAUAAACAGCCACAUUUUCCUCAUCACAUUCCACUUGCUUAAGAUUUGGCUUUAACUCAUGGUUGACAUACAAACAAACCCCUUCUUGUUUUUCCGAUCCUUCCUAAAUAACAUGAACCCAUUUAAGUUAACUGCCCAGUCAUGUGUCUCAUCCCACCAUGUUUCAGUAAUGCCUAUUAUGUCAUAUUGUUUAGUGUAUGCUAUUGCCUCUAGUUCCCCCAUUUUGUUAUUUAGGCUCCUUGCAUUAGUAAGCAUACAUUUAAUAUCAUGAGUCACUUUUUGUGAAUUAUUAACAUUACAUACCUUCUCUUCUGAACUUGCCCCUCCUCCCCCCUUAUACUGAGAUAAAGCCCAUCUCCUUUCUGUCCUAUCUCCAUUUUGUAGAUUGAUAUGACCCUCCCCCCCUACUACUAGUUUAAAAUCUCCUCCAACCUUCUAGCCAUCCUAUCCCCAGCACUGCAGAUCCUCUCCCGUUUUGGUGCAACCCAUCACUGCUAUAAAGGUUGUACCCAAGUGCAAAGUCGGCCCAAUGCUCUAAAAACCCCAAACCCUCCUUCCUGCAUCAAGACUUCAGCCACGCACUGACCUCUCUAAUCUCCCACUGCAUUUCCACUGUAGCACGCGGCUCAGGUAAUAUCUCAGAGAAUACCACCUUGGAGGUCCUUUUCUUAAGUUUGCUACCUAAUUCCCUGAAAUCAUUCUUUAGGACUUUGUCAUUGGUACUCUUACUUUGUCAUUGGUACCAACAUGGACCAUGACCGCUGGGUCAUCCCCAGCCCCUCCAAAUAAUCCAUUCACUCUGUCAGCAACACGCUGGACCCGAGCACCCGGGAGACCGCAAACUGUCCGCUUGAGCCGAUCAGAGCGGCAGAUUGGCCUAUCUACUCUCCUAAUGAUAGUCCCCUACCACCACAACCUGUCUAGCCUUCCUUACAUAUUCAUCCCCACCCGUACUAGAGGGGCUGUUAUCUCCGCUGUUAGAAGUAACAGCUUCCUCUAAUACAGCUACUCCUGAGCUGAUGCUCCCAACAUUUUCACUCAAACGGGCAAAUCUGCUAGGUUGCAAUAAAUCAGGACUAGCUAGCCCUUCCCUCCCCCCCCCCCGUUUCCUCGACCCACUGUCACCCACCUACGUGCCUGUUCCCCAUCUGUCUUAUCUUCUCCCUCUCCACUACCUGUCCCCACUAAACUCUGCUCAGUGAGCAGCAGACUCCUCUCAAGAUUGUCGAUCUCCCUCAAUGUUGCAAUUUGCUUCUCAAGAUCGCCAAUCUGAGCUUCCAGAAAAGCCACUCGCACACAACCGUCACAGAAGUAUGGACCCUGGACGGGUACAUCCAGGCAUGGAUACAUGUUGGAUGAAAUUUGGAUGAGUGCAUCAGCUGACACUUUCAGUCAAACAAUGCUGUUCAAAUUUACACUGAAUUGAUAUGGCCAAUGGGGAAGUGACACUGAUUGUAAGGAUUAUGGUGCCUCUCUAAGCCAUGUCUUGUUUUGCAUGUUCCAAAAAAAUGGUGUUUACAGAAAUAUGUCUUGUGUAUAUUAUUUUGAUAGAAUUGGAAAUUCCAAUUGCGCUUAUUGACAUAUUUCCCCAUAAAGAUGCUGUCCAUGUGAAAGACUGGUGCCAAUUUUGCUUUCAUUAACUGUAGCAUACCAUGUUAGCAGCAAAGUUCUAUAAACAAUGUAAUUGCAAUACAAAGCAGGGUUAUGCUCCAGCUGACUGGUUCAAAUUUGAAAUGUUGCUCUGAAUAAAUGACCUUCAUUAUAUCUUAAUAUGGAGACAGUGUCACUAAAUCGGGGGCCCUUUUGUUGUUCUGUCUGUUCUUCGUUCAAUUAUAAUUUCUUUGUAACAUCCUGAUUUAGAACGUCUGUGUUUGUGAUACAUGGGCUGUCCUGUUUUAUGUUGUCCUGGUAAGUUAGUGGAAAUUUCCAGUCCCAUAGAUAAAUAUCAGUUGCACAGAGACUAUAAAGACUUUGUGAACCUUCCAGAGCUCAUUUUCCACGAAAAGCUGACACAGCAUGCCAGCAUGUACUAUCACUGGCACAGUUUGAUCGUGCCUUCUAUGUAACACUUCUGCUUGCCCUCAAGAACAAUUGUGUACAUGUUGUCAAUCCUCUUUUUUUUAAAUGGAGGUUUGUGGUGUACAAUGAAAUUUGCCAGGAAAACUGAUGGAGCUUCACUUAUCAUGUUGCUUCUGGAAAGAUAUAUAACAAAGCUUAAGUCUAGAACAAUGAUCUUA